GUCUGACCCGCCAUAUAAAGAGGUGCAUACAUUGUUGAGUUCAACCGAAGGGAGACUUUGGACAGACAGCUGUUGAAGCACUUCACUUGCAAGAUGUUAAGGAUACCUCUGUGGCCGUUUGUGGGAGUGUUUGUGUGGGGAUUUGCUUCCUGCUCCAUCACAUGUCCUGACGGGAACGUCUGUUCUGAUUUCGCCACCUGCUGUAUGACUAAGCGUGGAUAUAGCUGCUGCCCAUAUCCAAAUGCUGUGUGUUGCUCUGACUUGGCCCACUGCUGCCCUUCAGGGUUUCACUGUGACCUGGUUACCCAGAUGUGUGAGAAAGACCCAUGGAUGAAAAUACCCAUGGUGAAGAAAGAGAGUGCAGAGAAACCAAGCGCUCCUGUUCUACCUGUAUCUGUUCUACCUGUAUCUCUCCUACAGGAGCUCGAAAACCACCAUGUGCCAGACCAAAAAAAGAGCUCAGUUGUCCAUUGUGACAACUAUUACGCAUGUCCUGAUGGCACUACCUGCUGCAGACACCCAGCAGGCACCUGGUUUUGUUGUCCGUAUACUGUUGGCAGGUGUUGCCUGGAUGGCUUCCACUGUUGUCCUUAUGGCUACAACUGUGACCUCACUUAUACACACUGUGUGAGGCAAGGCCUGAGAUAUCCUUUCACCCCAAAGCAAAAUCUGCCUUCAAUCCCGGCCUCUCUCAUUUCAACAGAGGACAAAAGCAGCUUGCUAGAGACACCAAUGACAGCUCUGACAGAAGCCAGUGGCGGCAACGCUGAGGCUGGGAUCAUUCGCUGUGAUCCCAAGUUUUACUGCUCGGCAGGGACAUCUUGCUGCCAAGGACCCACAGGCCGUUGGAACUGCUGUCCCUUCCCACUGGGCCAGUGUUGUUCAGAUGGUCUGCACUGCUGUGAGUAUGGAUAUAAAUGCGAAGAAGCCUCCCUGUCAUGCAGAAAAGGGUACUUUCACAUUCCCUCAGGAGUGCAGGAACGCGCCAAAACAGACUGAGGACAUCUUGUUAAAGUGUGUGCACUGUGACAGCUUUGCAUUAGUUUGGUA